CGGAGACCUUCAGAAGUGUGCGAUGUUCCCUUGCUUAACUCACUCUGGGAAGAUAUCGUUUUGUCACGUUUGCUAGCAAGAUUUGUGGAGGGGAUGACCUUGUUUUUGACGCAACACGAGGAUCACCACUAACGAAGCCAGCCGACCAUUCAGGAGCCGGGAGCGAGGACCCUGCAGGACCCUGGUCCAGUACGGAUUGAGCGAGACAGCAGAAACCCAAGAGCAUUCAAGAGAUUCAAGCAGAUUGGGAUAGGAACGACGUGAACACACAGCUGACAAAAAUCAGGCUCUAAUAGACAGGGACAUUCGUUAUGGCAAUGAAUGUGGGAAGAGCUUUGUCGUGUAUGCGAACAAUUUAUGUAUCGCGUGUUUUAAGACAUGUUCGAGAACCAGUGUCGCUAGGAACAAAUUUGGCACGGUUUUCAUCAAGUUCGCCAGAUGCUCUUCCAAAAACUGAUUCACUUGAGGUUACAUUUGUAAAAGCUGACGGGCAAAAAGUUAAAGCUCGAUGUAAAGAAGGGGACUCACUUUUGGAUGUUGUUGUGAACAACGAACUAGACAUUUCAGGAUAUGGUGCCUGUGAAGGAACAUUAACAUGUUCUACAUGUCAUGUAAUACUUUCUAAAGAAGAUUAUGAUAGAAUACCAAGUAAACCUUUGGAUGAUGAAAAUGAUAUGCUUGAUUUAGCAUUUGAGCUGACCGAGACUUCGAGACUUGGGUGCCAGAUAGUAAUGACAAAGGAACUAAAUGGAUUGGAAGUAAGACUACCAUCAUCUGUCAAUGAUGCACGCGGUUAAUGAAGGUUUAAAGUGAUUUUUAUAGGAAAAGAAAUGUUAAAUAUAUAUAUAUUUUUGGAAGGUGAGGUUAGGGUGUACAAUGUUCAUAGACUUUAUAUUAGUAGAAAAUAUAGACUUGCAGAAACUAUUACUUGGUUGUGAUGGUUCAGAAGAUGGCACAAACUACUAUACACUAUCAACAAGAGCUCUCUCUCAUCUAUUAUCUAUAAUUAUUUUCAAUAAGAAUGGAGAGUGGGACAUUUCUAAAUCAAUGCCUGUUGAAAUGUGUGUUCGUUAUUGGUUCCUUGCUUUUUGAGUAAAAGUAUUUCAAGUAUACAUGUAUAUUUGUAAUGGUAUGUUAAAAUACUGAUCUAAUAUUUCUGUGGUUUCCUGAUUACAUUUUCAACUAAUUAUCUUGGCACAGCAACUUUAAUACAAAUUGUCAAAGGAAAUUGGUCCUCUAAUUACUGUAAUACAAAACAUUUUGAUCAAGGUCUUCCCAUGUAAAUUUAUACAGGCCAGUGUGGCCCAAGGGGGAGGUGAAAGUAGGGCUCAAAAUAUUGUUGCCAUCAGCACAAGGAGGUUAUGUGGUGAGCCUUAAUGCCCUGUCUGCCUUUAUUCCCAGGAAAGAAUCCUGGUACUCACUUGGAAAGGGGGCUGAAUUGACCCCAGAGCUGUCCUGAAUGGAAAUCAUCAACUAAAAAUCCCAACCUAUCUCCAUAUUCAAGCUUGAGCUCUACCAUUGAGCCACAUAGCUCCUUUGAUGGUAAAUGGCACUUCCGAAUCAUCCCCUUAAAAACAUUGGUGCUUAAUCCCGUACAUUGCAUUAAUAAAAUGUGCUUGAUUUAUUGUAUUUGAUCAAUUUUUGUCAAAAAACAUUACAAAAAACAACUAUGUAAUAUUUUGUACUUUGUUGUGUAAUUGAACUACAUAACAAUGUUCAAAAGUAUACAAACUAUUUUUGAGCCAGUAGAUUAAUUAUUUGAAAUUAAAGCUAGAAUUGUAUAUGAAAUGAUGAUCCUACUAUGAUUAGAUAUGAAAAGAUAGCAGUAUAUGUUUUCAUUCAUGUUUUGAAGGUAACUCAUGUAAAAGAUAAUAUACUGUAGAGCCCCUGUUUAAUGUCACUUCAGGGGGGUGGCUAAAAUGGAGGGGUUUGGGGUGUUCUUUAAAGAAACAAGCUUUAACCAGCAAUUAUAAUUUUUUUUAAUGCUUUAUUUUUAUCAUAGGGAUUGUCCAUUAAUUACAUAACACUAAGUGGGGCAGCAUUACAUAGGGUAUGGGGUUUUGGUUUAGUAUUAAAUAAUGCUCAUAUUUAUUUUUAAAAUUUUUCAACAUUUACUAAUAUAAUUCUAGCUAGAAGAGGGGCUCAUAGGACUAUGGGCUCUUUUUCUUGAGAAUGCAGAAAUGAAUUCUGGAUACUUUAAUCUAUAUCCGAGCAAUUUUCCAUGAUUUUAUCUCUAUUAAUUAGAUUAAUUGGUAAAGCAAUAUUUCGUUACAUGAAGAAUAUUGCACUUUAACCUGUUCCACUUAAUCCAGCAAAAGUUAUUGAUAUUCGGGACUUACAUGGCAACUUAAAGGCAUAGAGUAAGGGUGCAGAGGGGAUGUUCAAAAUACUGUAAAUUUGCAUUACAAAAUUUAUGGAUGGUACCAUACAUAAUUAAAUCACAAUAUUAACAUACAAAUUCUAUGUGUGUGAAAUUUAUAAGGAUGAGGGGCACUCCCGCUACAUCACAAUUUGGCACAGCAAACUCAGUAUACCACCAUUGCAUUAAUUACAUAUAGACAUUGUCAGGACAUUCAGAAAUUAACGUUAAGUAUGGGUUCUACUAUAUGAUGAAAGUUGUAAAGAUCCUUGAGUGGCACAAGAGAAAAAGCAUGGUCUGGUUAAAUGAGAAUGGUAUUUCUUAAUUUGUAAACAUUUUGAUUUAGUAAGUUGUUUUUACUAAAACAACUUGUACUCAGAAGUUUGUAAACUCUAUUUACUUUUGUCAUUGUUAUCUACAUAAACAUGUUCAAGUUCUGUAAAUUUUCUUUAUAAGAUCCAGAGGAAUUGAAGUGAACAAAAUAAUUUUCAGUGUCAGAACUGAAUUGAUCAAAAUGGGAGUAUUGUCAUUUAUCAUCAUUUCAUACAUGCAGGUUUGAAAUUUUUCAUUGCCUUUUUGUGCACAUGCAUUCAAAUAUUGUUAGAAUAAGAAUUUUACAGCAGCAUAUUGCAAUAUCCUAUUUACGUUGUUGAAUGCCAUUGUACCACUAGGUUUGCUACAUUUUUGAUAUGAAUUUUAUUCUAAUGGAUAAUUUUUUGUAUCAAUGUCACUUGUAUGUUUCUUGUAAUAUAUUUGUCUUGUGUAAAAUUCUCAUCAUACAUUGGAUGAUUUUAGUUUUUGUGAAUAUCAAUUAUUAUCUGUAUUAUUGCUCAAUAUUUGAGUUGCUAAACUGAUAUAUUAUGUACAUUGAUGAAAUUAUGUAGUAUAAAUAUUUUUGUUUUCUCCUGAAAUAUUAAUCAUGUGUACCUUGUUACAUGCAUCUUACCUUCUGGUGAAUGCAAAGGGGGGGGGGGAGCUUGUUUGAGG